AUCUUCCAGCCUGCGUCAUGACGUCAGGUGGCGUCACGUUCUCCCAUAAUGCAGCGGUGCUGGGGUUUUGAUCUAGUGGACUUCAUGAGAUCGGAGAGAGCGCUCGACGCAAUGAGGCGGAGAGAGACGACAGACGUCGAAUCUUCAUCUCACAACUGAACACACAUACACAACGUUUCAAGCCAACAGUCACAUCAGAAACAUGUGGUUCCGCCACAUCUCGAUCCCCCCGAGAGGCCUGUGACUUCUUGCCAUCCAUUAAGCCCUUGAAUCCGGAGGAUUUUUCCCCCGUCGGCCGAUUCGCACAGAGCAGGCAAUGACAACGGCCUCCGCAACCCCGCAGCAGAUGAGAGACCGGCUGCUGCAGGCCAUCGAUAGCCAGAGCAAUAUCUGUAACAUGGUUGCAGUUCGUGAUGUUAUCACCAAUUUGGAGAAAUUCCCCAUCACCAAAGAAGCACUUGAGGAAACUCGCUUAGGAAAACUGAUUAAUGAUGUAAGAAAGAAAACAAAGGAUGAGGACCUUGCCAAACGUGCCAAGAAACUCCUGCGGAACUGGCAGAAGCUCAUUGAGCCCGGCCAAAGCGACACUCCUGCAAGAGGAGUGCCGAACGUCCCAGGCUCCGCCAAUGGAGGCGCUCACCCCUGCCGGACAGACACGCCUCCAGCGGUCCCCCCACCAAACAAGAUCGCCCCGGAGCUCAAAACCCGGAAUGACGUCCACAACACCUACUCGCCCAAGGCUGAGAAAUCCGGCACUCGAAAACGCCGGGCUGAGCAAAGGGACACUCCCCAUCUGCCAGCCAAAAUGACAAAGACAUCCAUUUAUCAGCAAAUGUAUUCUUCUUCCCCACCAUCAAAUGGAAUAAGGGGGAGUCCUGAACCUCUCCCAGAGAAAGAUAACGAAGCUCCAUCUGACAGAACGCGCACGGAGCACCUUGAGAAUGACAGGCACAACAAAAUUCCUGUCAAUGCUGUGAAGCCUCAUCCGAGCUCUCCCGGGCUAACCAAACUACCUAGCACUUCCUCUUUACUCAAAACGUCAGUGUUACAACAGCACGCGAGAACGGAUGGUGCCGGAGGCGGUCAGCAUCAGCCUAAAAGCCCUCGAUACUCCUCCAGUCCACGCAGUUUACCGCAAGAGACAUUGGCCAAGAGGUCGUCGACAUAUGCAGCAAAAGGGACUCUUUCGAGCCCGUCCCAGAAUUCUGCCCAAGUGCCCUCUCCUUUGCCUACAUUGCAGCCUUUACCCUCCCCGGCCCAGAUGUGCAUCGGUGAUGGUUCAUCUUCCGUAGGAUUGGAAGACUCCAUGCACUUGCACAGAUUGACAGAGAGAGUCUCCCAACCCCCACACGUCAUCGCAGCACUGGAGCCACUCACCGGCUCCCCGGUCACCACCCACCGAGCGACACACAGCUCGGAGGGCUCCGAGACCAGGAGUGAGCGAGAGGGCGCAAACUCCAACUUGGACAGCAAAAAGCGGAAGAAAUACAGGCCCAGAGACUACACGGUAAACCUUCAGGGGCAGACAUCGGAGGACAGAACGAAGCCUGUGCGGUUAAAAGAACGCAGGUUGACGUUUGAUCCUGUGACGGGACAGAUUAAGCCCCUCACUCCGAAAGAAUCUCACCACGAGGAAGAGUGUCAAGGGCCGCCAGUUGCAGAGAUCGCGAGGACCGAGAUGCCCCAAAUGAAAACAACUACGCCUACAUCUGUCCCCAACCCCUUUCAACAGACGAACUGGAAGGAGCUGUCCAGAAACGAAAUCAUUCAAUCUUACCUUAAUAUCCAGAGCAAUGUUCUAACGUCCUCUGGAGCACAGACCCACGGGGCACACUUUUUCAUGACUGAAUAUUUGAAGCGAGAAGAACCCGAUGUAAAAGAGUCCAAAAUAACGCAUGUUUUAGCACCAAGCGACCCUGAUAGCGAGCUUCCCGGGGUGACUCGGGAGGUAACGAACGAGGACCUUCUCAGAAUACACAGUGAACACUGGCCAGGGGUGAACGGUUGCCAAGACACCAAGGGAACCUGGUAUGAUUGGACAGAGUGCAUAUCGUUGGAUCCUCAUGGUGAUGAAAGCAAAUUGAACAUCCUGCCAUAUGUUUGCCUAGACUGAGAGAACAGGGUUUGUGCUGGAAAAGUUUUCAAUGUUCCCACUGUGAGUCAGAGGAGAGAGAGUUGCUCUCCUCGUUGCUCUGCGCUAGGUUCAUCUUACAGGUGUGAUGAAUGAACGAGGGUUGUUCCAAGUUCAGUUUUCCACAGGAAGGAGCUGAAAAGGUGUCCUGUUUGUAAUGUGCUGCUACCAACGAGAAUUUGCAAACAAGGGUUGUAUAUAAUGGCUCGCAGGGAUUUCAUUGGGCCAGUUAUUGCACAAUGUGUGAAUAGGAGGGUCAGAGCGAGCAUUGAGCAGUACAGAUAUGUUUAAAAGCAAGUCGAGAACAUUUUUUGGCAGUUACAAAAAGCUUUAUGUGACAAAGAAUAAAUUAUAAAAGUUUCUUAUCAUGUAUGCAUCUAUUUAUUUGACCACUUUUGUUUUCUUUUCUUUUUUCUCAUCCACUAAGAUAUGUUCGAGGCUUUUCUGUUUGCGUCGCAUAUGUGCCCCCUUAUUUGUGAUGUACUCGAGGCGUCUUAAAAUGCGUUCUGUUUCACAGCGGCUUUCACACGCGCAUGCUACUUGCAGUAGAUACCGACAUUCCAUACUGUACCAGACAUCAUUUCUUGCUUAACGUUUCUUUCUCGAUAUAUCUAAAAGACGUGAUUUUUCAUACGAGAGAAUAGCAAUCUAUUUUUAGAUGUGUUAAAUAAAAUGAUAUUUUAAACAAAUCUGUUUGCCUAGAUAAUUGUAAAACAAACAAAAAAACAACAAAUAUGGAUAAAUAUGUGGAAAAGUAAUCAUGUCCUAGAGGAGAAUGUUUGAAUGCAGUGAAUGGCCACUGAGGGUGCUACUCUUCAUAUUCAUACUUUGAGGACAGGAAAGCAGGAAAAUGUUUAUAUGCUGGAAAUAUACUUAUCAUUCCUUUAGAUAUUUUUUGCCUUACUGAGUACCAUUCAACAAUGACUUUGUUAUUUGACGAGCCUUAGUGAAUGUAUGGCAUUUCGAUUUUUGUUUAGGUGGUACAGAAGGAAACCCCUCCUGGCAUUUGCCAUGGUCUUUUUUUUUUCUCGGCGCAUUGUGCUAUUAAUGUGUCAAUAAAUAUGCCCAUUAUCCUGCUUGUCUGUACAUAGUUCUUGAAAUCCAUGUAAAAUCUCGCUAGGUCUUCAUUUUUGUUUGUUUGUGAGAAUGUCAUUCAUUUGGGAGAAAAAGCAUUUUGAAUGAAAGAACCAAUUGUUUGCGUUCCGGUUUUCACAGACAUUCAGAUCUAGAUUUAUAGGUUACGGUCAUACUAUUCAUUCAGUGUUUUCAGAUUUACAUAUUUAUCGUGUUAUUUUCUAAAAAAAAAAAAGAUUAACCUGCCUUGCCAUUGUUUUGAAGACUAAUGUCUUGUGAAAGGGGUUGAAACCAAUUUGCUGCCGACUUGCAAACACUGUGUGCUCUGCUACCUUCGUCCUACCAAUGUGCCUUUGAUGUAAAAAGUUUGAAAAAGGCUUCCGCUAGCUUCAUUUGGUUUAAAAAGUACAGCAUAUGUUUUCUUACAAUGUCAGAUAUUCCAGGUAUAUGCGUUGUUUCUAAAGCAAAGGCCAUCAUUGAACUCAUACUUGGUUAGGGUAUUGCAAAUAUAAUUUGCGAUUUAAAUCUAGAGGAGAGACUACUUUGAUCAUUUUUGAUCAGUAUAUUUGUUCAGUGUUUAACAUCACUCGUUUGUUCAAAAAAAUAAAAUGAUAAAAACUAUUUGCA